AUGAAUUUAGCGAACAGUGAUUAUAUGUUAGUUUUAACUAAGAUGAUAGGUUUACACAAAAGUAAAUCAGCAAAGGGUGAAGAAAUUGCCAAUACACAAGAAUGUAUUAUACCGCAUGAAUUGACAAGUGUAGCACGUUAUCAAAGAUCAAUAUUAUUACAUAAUACGCAUGAUGAAAUCACUUUGACAGCGUCAAAUAUGUUAAAUGUGUAA